UGAGAUAAGCAAUUUAGCAUGUUAAAUUCAGCUCUAAGAUAAUUCAAAUGUAUAUGAUAUGAGCGUUACGUAAAUGCAUUUACUCACAUUAUCUUGCCUAAUCUGACUGUCACAGUCGUAAUGGCAAAACGAAAAACGAAAUCACACAGAUUUAUGACUUCCAUAAUUAACUCAAGAUAAAUAAACCUAAAUACACAAGUCAUGAAUUCCAAUUCACACUUUCCAUAACUGGAUAUAUAUACAAUAGUUCGUUUGUUUUAGACCAGCAUCAGUGACUGUCUGAACUUGGUUUGGAUCCGGUGGGAUUGAAAGCCACUGAGUCCAGAUCCGGACAGUGGCGGCCUCUGUCCACACGGUGGCGCAGCUGCGCCGCCCUCCACCCGCCAGAGAGCCGCCGAGCAGCAGCGGCGCGACCCGACCGUGUCCAACCAAAACUCCGCCAAACACCUCAACAGGAACUGACGUCUCCUCGGUGCAAGUGGAUGGAAAAAUGCAGCUGCAGGAAAAAUGGCUCCAAACGCCGCACCGCUGAAAGGUGUCUAAAGCUUCGCUGCGAGCCUGUAGGCUGAACUGACUUAAACGCCCUCAUACCCAUGGCUCCUUCCACUUGACACAAUGGCCCAGAUAUCAAGCGGUAAUGGGUUCAAGCUGGAUGUCCCCCAGCCAAAGGGGGUUGUGGGUAAAGAGGAAGCCCUCCGCAUGGAAGAAGAGGCUUUGGCUAAAUUGCAGAGGGAGAAGAGGCACACUCUUUCAGCUUCCACAUCUGUUUCUCCCUCUGUGGCACCCUCAUCCUCCUCCAAACCAAAACCAUCUAAGUCCACCACUACUGCUCCUCAGCCUUCACCCUCGCUGAGUAAACCCAACAAGGACCUCAUUGUCUUCCCGGAGACCGAGAAGCAAGCCGAGCAGGACAAGUUCAGGGAUAUCGAUGUGGACAAACUGACCAAUGAGGAGCUGGAGAAGCUCCUGCUUGAUGAAAACUUUGGGGCUAACAGCCAGGUGUCCCGGCCCUCCUCGCUGCUGAGGUUUAACCUCAGCGCCUCCUACCCCGGAGGCCACACCUGUGGCUCCUCUCCCUACCAGAACAGCCAGUGGGCGUCCCUUCUGUCCACGCCAUCAAGCUCCAAUGUUUCCACUCCAACCCAUCAGCCCGCCCCCAUGUUCCCCUCGGCGCCGUUUCCCAAACCGGGCGCAUUUCAGAAUGGUUUCUCCCCCGCCAUGUCGCCCUUCCUGGCUCUGCCGGCGCAGCAGACGUCCUUCAUGGCCUUCACUCCCAUCCAGCCUGCCGCCGCCAUGGUCUUCCAGCAGCCCUCAGUCGACCCGCAGAUGGCCAAACUGUUUGACAAGAUAGCCAGCACCUCUGAAUACUUGAAGAACGGCAGGUCGGCCAGCACUGAGCUGGAUGCUUCCCAGGCUGGCUCGGGCCCGCUGGCGCCCAACCCCCCACCCCAGCAGCCAGCCCCGGGGGCGGCGGAGAGCCCCCACAUGGGCCGCUUCGACUGGCUGGAUCUGGACCCGCUCACCAAGCGCAAAGCUGAGGGCGAGGACGCCCCCCAGGCCUCGGGGGAGGCAGCCCCGGGAGCCCCCGCCGGGGACCCCUGGGACGCAGUCCUGGAGACGGAGGGGAACAGCAGCAGCCCCGCCGGGGACGGGAAGGCCUCCCUGUCCGUCCGACCGGCGCAGAGGAGAGCCUCAACAGGGGCGGCCGUCACCAGGAGCCACUCCCUCAACAUCCCAGGGACCUCCUCCCAGCAAAAACCAAACCAUCAGGAUAAGGGGAAAGGCUUGGUGAAGAACGUGGCCCUGGAGGAGCAGGACGCUCAGAACCUGGAGAUGGUGGCCUUCUGCACAGACGUGGCAACCUUGCGCUCCAAAUUCCCCCAUAGCGACAUCACAACGAACCCUGGCUUUGUCCUCAGCCCGGUCAUCACCCAGAGAGACGCUGGAGGUGACAAUAGCUGCUCUGUCAAGGUUUCUAUUGAAAUCUCUGAAUCCCAGCAGCCUGUGACUUUCACCUGCGAUGUGAGCUCUCCGGUGGAGCUGCUGAUCAGUCAGACUCUCUGCUGGGUCCACGACGACUUGGACCAGGUGGACUUCUCCACUUAUCUGCUCAAAGUCUGUGGUCGGGAGGAGGUGCUGCAGAAUAAACACGGCCUCGGGAGCCACGAAUAUGUCCAGAACUGCCGGAAGUGGGAGAAUGAGAUCACAUUACAGCUGCUCUCACACUCAACCAUGAGGAGGGACUUGGCACGCAGUGAAGAAGAUGACAAUUCUCGAAUAGACUUGGAGAAACAUCUUGGCCAAGUGGAGAGGCCUUUUAAGGAGACUGUCACCAGGCAAGGCCUUGCUGACUACUUGGAAGGCUAUCAUAAUCAAGUCAACAUCUGCUUGCAAAAUGAGAGUACCCAGUACAAGAGCGUGGACCGGGUGGUGCAGACGGUGAAGAACUUUUGCUGUGCUCUGGAUGAGGUUGAGACUCAGGCCAUCACAGAGGCAGUCAAAAGACUGCGUCACUCCGUCAACCUACCCAGGACACGCUCACCCAAGAUGGGGUCAUCUGGUCAGUCAUCAAAUGGUGUUUCCAGUCCUGUGGAGGAGAGCAUGGCCUUGCUAACCAAGGCUGUCUACAAGCUUGCCAAGCUCUACCUGCGCUCCUUCUGCCCCCCCUCACCCUCCUUCAGCUCCCCCCCGCUGCCCCAGGUGGCAGACGGAGGGGAGACCGGGGAGGCAAAGAGCAGCAGAGAGGCCUCGGGCACCACCGACCACCUGCAGUUCACUCUGUUCGCCCUGCACGGCAUUCCAGGCAGCUGGGUCAGCAGCUACGAGAAGUACUUCCUUAUGUGUUCCCUCACCCACAAUGGGAAGAACCUGUUCAAGCCAGUCCAGUCGAAGAGAGUGGGGACAUACAAAAGCUUCUUCUACCACAUCAAAUUUGAUGAACUGGUUCAUUUCCCCAUCGCAGUGGCCGUGCUCCCACUGGAGUCCAUCCUGAGCCUGACUCUGUUCGGGGUGCUGAACCAGAACGCCAGUGGCUCCCCGGAUUCCAACAAACAGAGAAAAGCCCCAGAACUUCUGGGCAAAGUCUCCUUGUCCCUUUUUGAUUUCAGAGGAGUUCUUGCUGGAGGCCCCCGGCUGCUGUGUCUGUGGACGUGUGCAGAGGGAGCAGCUGCAGCCGGCUCUACGGGCAGUCGCAAGAGGGUACCUGCAGAGAGAAUUAUUCUGCAGGUGGAUUUCCCCGACUCAGCAGUGGAUGUUUUAUAUGUUGGACCCAAAGAGGCCCCCAGCCCUGAGCCCCACGCGCUGGAGGAGCUGGACCCAGACCUCAGACGCAAGCUGGAGAAAAUCUGUAGCCGAGCUUCAAAUUUCGGGCUGAAGAGAUCCGAUCACCAGCUCCUGUGGGACCACCGGCUCCACUGUCGGAGGGACCACCCCAGCAGCCUUCCCAAGGUGCUGGCCAGCGCGCCCGGCUGGGACUGGGCCAGCAUGGCCCACAUCCACUCCCUGCUGCACCGCUGGCCCGCCCUGCCUCCGGUCGCUGCUCUGGAGCUGCUGGACUCAAAGUUUGCGGAUACUGAGGUGAGAAGCGUGGCGGUCAGUUGGAUUGAGAAGAACAGCGACGAUGAGCUGGCUGACUACCUGCCACAGCUGGUACAGGCAUUAAAGUUUGAUUGUCACCUAAAGAACGCUCUGGUCAUGUUUCUGUUGUCCAGAGCACAAGGCAACGUCAGAAUAGCCCAUUACCUCUACUGGUUGCUAAAGGAUGCCGUGCAGGACCCCACCUGGGGAAAGCGCUAUGAGCGGGUGCUGGGUGCCCUGCUGGCUCUGUGUGGAGCCAAAUUAAGGGCGGAACUAGAGAAACAGACGCACCUGGUCACUCUGCUGGGCGCCGUAGCCGAGCGGGUUGCACUGCAAGAUGGCCUUGAAAAUGUUCAGAAUUUCUUCCAAAGGAACAACUGCCGACUGCCCCUCAGCCCCAGUCUGGUGGCCAAGGAGUUAAACAUCAAAGCCUGCUCCUUCUUCAACUCCAACGCAGUUCCCCUCAAGCUUGCUCUGGUCAAUGCUGACCCACUGGGAGAGGAGAUCAAUGUCAUGUUUAAGGUGGGAGAAGACCUGAGGCAGGACAUGCUGGCUCUUCAGAUGAUUCGCAUCAUGGACCGCAUCUGGCUGCAGGAGGGGCUGGACCUCCGCAUUGUCAACUUCAAAUGCAUCUCUACUGGCAAGGACAAAGGUAUGGUGGAGCUGGUGCCGUCCUCUGACACGCUGAGAAAGAUUCAGGUGGAGUAUGGCGUCACUGGGUCCUUUAAGGACAAACCUCUGGCGGAGUGGCUCCGCAAGUACAACCCCGCUGAAGACGAAUAUGAGAAGGCAUCAGAGAACUUUAUCUACUCCUGCGCCGGGUGCUGCGUGGCGACCUAUGUCCUAGGCAUCUGCGAUCGCCACAAUGAUAACAUCAUGCUGCGUUCCACGGGUCACAUGUUUCACAUCGACUUUGGGAAGUUCCUGGGCCAUGCCCAGAUGUUUGGAAGUUUCAAAAGGGACCGAGCUCCAUUCGUAUUGACCUCCGACAUGGCAUACGUCAUUAACGGAGGCGAGCGCCCCACCAGCCGCUUCCAGCUGUUUAUGAUGUCAUCAGGCCUACCGGAGCUGACUGGUUCUCAGGAUCUAAAGUAUGUUUUUGAUGCCCUGCAACCACACAACACAGAUGCCGAGGCCACCAUUUUCUUCACAAGGCUGAUAGAGUCCAGUCUGGGAAGUGUGGCCACCAAGUUCAAUUUCUUCAUCCACAACCUGGCCCAGCUACGAUUUUCAGGACUUCCAGCCAACGAUGAGCCAAUCCUUUCAUUCUCCCCAAAGACCUACACUCUGAAGCAGGAGGGACGCAUCCUCCAUGCCGCCAUCUUCUCCUUCCAGAAGAGAUACAACCCUGACAAGCACUAUACCUACGUUGUGAGGCUCCUCAGGGAAGGUCAGAACGAGCCUCAGUUUGUCUUCCGCACUUUUGACGAGUUUCAGGAGCUCCACAAUAAACUAACCAUUCUCUUUCCUCUCUGGAAGCUGCCCGGUUUCCCUAACAAAAUGGUGCUCGGUCGCACCCACAUUAAGGAGGUGGCAGCCAGGAGGAAGCUGGAGCUCAACAGCUACGUCCACAACCUGAUGAGGAGCUCCACAGAGGUCACUGAGUGUGACCUGAUCUACACCUUCUUUCAUCCAAUUGCACGGGACGAUAGGACGGAAGGCUUGGAUUCCACGCCCAAAGCACCCGAGCCUCCACUCAGUCCUACUUCUGGUCGGGUCGAAGGAGAAGUGAAGCUCUCGAUUUCCUACCGGAAUAGCACUCUCUUCAUCAUGGUUAUGCAUAUCAGAGACCUGGUCUCCGAGGACGGAACAGAUCCCAACCCAUAUGUGAAAACCUACCUGCUCCCAGAUCCACACAAGACCUCCAAACGCAAGACAAAGAUCACCAGAAAAACCAGGAACCCCACUUUCAACGAGAUGCUGGUCUACAGCGGCUACAGCAAAGAAACACUUGGUCUCCGAGAGCUGCAGCUGAGCGUGCUCAGUGCUGAGUCUCUGCGGGAGAACUACUUCCUGGGCGGCAUCACGCUCAGACUCAAAGACUUUGACCUUAGCAAGGAGACAGUGAAGUGGUACAAACUGACGGCCGUUCCCUACUUCUGACCCCCCCCUGCCGCUCGCCUCUGCCUCUCUGGACAAAGAACACAUGCAUUCAGAUCUUAUGAGAAAUCCAACAGAUGUGAUCUUACUUGAAAUACUCACAAAAACUACCCUGAUUUGCUUUAAUGAGGGAUUUGUCAUCACAUUUCAAGUAUAAACAGGAAUUCUAACAAACCAAAUUCACCUCCUGUUCUACUUGAUUAAGUUAAGGUGUGAUUGCAGGAUUUGGAGGAGUUUAUGGCUAAAAACAUUGGUCUCAAAUUACAGGUGGAUUCUGAUCAUUAUCAUGAGUUUGUGGAUUAUCCCGAUGCCCCAAAGAUUAUCCCCGCAUGAAAUGAAUGUUCUCCUCCAGACGCACCCUAAAGGCAACCCAACCUGCCAACUCACAAGCCCUGAACGGGGAUGCUGGUCUCUAAUUUCCCCUCUUCUUGCCUCCGCUGAAGCUAAUCAUGAUUGUUUUUGUGACAAACAAUCUCCUUUUUGUUUAGUUUUUUUUCGAGUAUAACAAAGAGAUGUAAUGUUUUGUACAUUUUGAUAUUAGAGGACCAAAACAGCUUCCUUUCAGAAGAGUAUACAUUUUUGCCCGUUUUGUUUUCUAUAUAGACGAAUAAGAAGCAUCGGGUUUUCCUGCUUUGGAGCAGAGACCUCUUGGGUAGAGUAGUCCAACACACCAGAUAUGAUGAAACCCGUGGUAACAUUAUCAUUCACCCAAAAUGUGCCAAACUGAAUGAAAAGGACUGAACAUCAAACCACUCUCCCUUGUAGGGAGCAGAGCGGCGUGCCUUUGUUUGUUCUCACAAUCUCUCUUUAAUACUCAACUUGGCCUUAUUGCUAUAUGUAUAUUUUAUUAACAAUGUGGUAUGUCCUUAAUAAAACAAAAAGAAAGAAAAGAUAUUCUGUAAAGCUAUAUCAGUAGUUCUUCCAGUAUGGAUCUGGUGCCAGACUGGAGCCGAUUUUCUUUGUAACAGUGGAAUGUCUAGAUGCACACUACCAGGUCUUUCUCUCAUUUUAUUACUUGACUAUUUUCACACAGCACAUCUUAAAGGGGAAAUUGUAUUAUAAGCUUGGGAACACACUCUUGUCUGUGUUCUAAAUGAAUAUUAUGUUAGCCUUAUGAUGCUGAUCAGAAGUCAAUUCGGUGGUUCUAAACCGUGAUUUAGUAACUGAAAUCCCUCCAGUGGAUUGGGCAUGAGGCUGUUUAGACUCGGCCAGCAAUACCACACUCACUCCCAGUGCCUAAUAAUGAUGUAGUGAUGAUUUUAAAAAAACUGGGAAUUGAGUCAGCAAUACCUGCAUGUGAUCUUGGGAACCAGUGAGCUUAGACAUUUAAGUGAGAAACCGUUCCGGAUGUCAGUAGCUUUGAUGUAAAACAUCUUCACAAAAAGGGAAAAAAAGAUCCUCUGCAAGAGGUACCUGCUUUCCUUAUUCACUUAACUAUAAAUCUAAAGAUGAUGUUUAAUAAAUAAAUUACAAUGAAGUUACUAAAAAAGAUCCACAAAACGGUUUGGAUUUCACAUAAUGAACUUUCACAUAGUGGCUUGAUCUGCUCUUUUAGAGACUGUACAAAGAAAGCAAAGAGAGUGUAUUAACACGGCCAGUUAUUUAUUCUUAAUUGGUGACCUCUAGCCUGAAUGGAUCAGUGUGUACUGUAAUCUCUCUUUUUCCUAAAACAAAUUAAAUGUUUUUUUGAACAAACAAA